AUGGCGGGCGAGGCAGAGCCUUCACCGCUCUCGACACCCCGGGCUCUCCUAAUGGCUGGGUUAUUUGCAGUUGCAUUUUACAACACCCUCGAGAUCUUCUUCUUGAUAUUUAGCACAUUCAAGCGGCGGAAUGGGCGUUAUUUUUGGAGCAUGAUCGCAGCCGCCACUGGGAUUCCGGCCCACGCCAUCGCCUUCUUGCUGCGCUAUUACAGGGUCGCGUCGAGCGUCGCCAUGGGCGCUUUCUCCAUCCUUGGCUGGUGUCUCAUGGUCACUGGACAGUCUCUCGUGCUCUGGUCCCGUCUCCACCUCGUGGUUGACAAUCCUGUCAAAAUUCGCCUAGUCCUUGCCAUGAUUAUACUCAAUGCUGUGGCUCUGCAUAUUCCGGAAACAGUCAUUUUUAUUCUUUUGCAAACGAAUCCCGGAAGCUACCUCCAUGCCUUCCGCAUAUACGAGAGGGUCGAAAUAGUCAUAUUCUCCAUGCAAGAAGCCAUCAUCUCUGGCUUAUUCUUGUGGGAAGGUUACCGCAGUUUUCGGCCUGUGAUAGUACUCAGAGGCGCCGAGGGACGAAAGAUUGUUGCACAGCUCUCCGCCCUUUUUCUUGUUAACGUACUAUUGGACUCGGUCUUGGUCAUCCUAGAGUACACUAACAACUUUGAGCUUGAGACGGCAUGCAAGCCUUUUAUUUAUAGCGUAAAGUUGAAAGUCGAAUUCAUACUUCUCAACCGGCUGCUUGUCUUCACCCAACGAUCUCCGACACUUUCACUUGCCCGGGUGGUUACUCCAGCCACUACGACACAUACUCAACCCACUGAGUCAUGUCAAUAA